AUGUCCGGAGAAACUUGCUUCAACCUGAACUUCUCCAACCCAGGCGGGACUGCGCCAUUCCAGUCGCUUCUGUUGUCACCCAAACAAGAAGUAAGUUGACUGGUUUUGGAUUCGCGUCUCGUUAUGUAGUUACAGUCGUUUUCAACUCAUCUUUAUGAGUUAUAUACAUAAUGAAUAAAGAGACGUUGGAACCAUUCCAUUCCUUCUUUAUUGUCCGGUUUUGUGGAUUUUCUGAGGUCGUGAGGUGGCGGGCGGGUAGAGGUGACAAGUUGGAGCCCAGCACUUUUUGGGGCGUUUUAUUUUUGGGGCAUCUCAUCUUAUGGGGCAUCCCGAUGACUUCUGGGCGCAUCCUCAUAAUUUUUGGGAAUUUGUCUUCGGCCUCAUUACGGAUCAAGGUUAAUUAGAUUUACAUUUCCGCGGAUUCUUUCAGUGCUCCUCAGACGAUCUGGCGGCUGCCGAUUCCGACGGUUCCAAGGAGUCUACCCCCACAGUUCACAUGAAUCCCGAGCAGUCUAUGGCUCAGCCAAAUACCCUACCAAAUGGGAAGAAAACCAAAGGUAAGGUCAGUGUUGAACUUAGCAUAGUCAUUUGGAGCUUUCGUCUGAGAGGGUAACUGCUUUUUUCUCAGUACUUUUUUUUACAUUAUAACUCCAAAACAAGUUUUCUAACCAUUUCCGCUUUUAGGCCGCGUCAAGAUUGAAAUGAAAUACAUCGGCAAUAAAUUGAGAAGAUAUACAACGUUCAGUAAAAGGAAAACGGGGAUCAUGAAGAAAGCGCAUGAACUCUCUACUCUGACGGGAACUCAAGUCAUGCUGUUGGUAGCUUCAGAAACCGGGCAUGUUUAUGCGUUCGCCACCAACAAAUUAAAGCCAAUCAUUGCGAAUGAACCUGGCCGAACACUGAUUCAUAGUUGUUUGACAACUCCGGCAGGUGAGAAACAUUUUUCCAUGAGGAUAUUGUUUUGUCAUGGCCUAUCUGGCCAUUGGGAGCACAGCUCAUGUAAAGUAAACGCGUGUUUACCCAUCCAGAAAUGACGGACCAAUGAGCGCCCUCUCUCGCGUUACCGUGUUUGGAGGGUCAUGACCAUUUAGAAAACGGGCAUGCGUCCGUCUCGCCGCCUCUCUGCUCUCUCCAUUCUAUUUAAAUCUUUUUAGACCCACUUAAUGAUUACACUUCUGUCAAAACCGAGUUCACUUUCGAACCCAACAAUGGAUCUCUGGCUAACGUGACCUCGAGAAAGCGGAAAGCCCAGGAUAUCACUGAAACGGUGAGUCAUCUCACUUUCGCCAUGCUAAUUAUGGAAGAAAUUAAUGGGAGCGGGAAAUUUGGUUUAGUGGGAGAGAAAAUUGAAUGCCUUACUUUAUGGGUACCUUGCUUGAAAACAGGUCAUAUGAAUAUGUAAUUAGGCUUAUACGGUAGUUUCGGUUGUUGCGAAAGCCUUUCGAAUUGUGAGCUUAUCGUAAUCCAGAUCAUUCGGAGUUCUGAAUAUUCUGAAUUCCCAAUUAACCAUUUGAAUUUGGGCAUUAUUCUGCUUGGUUUUUUUGGUCCGGAAAUUGCAGAAGCUGCAGCCAGUAACCUUCUUUGUGUUUUUGCGUAACCUUUUGAUCUUUUUUAGAUCUUAACACUUGUCUCCUUUAAAGGCGGCAACUUCUGCCCAUCUUUUUUGCCUCUCAUUGUUACACAACGGCCAGAAGUCGGGGGCCAAGGACCCAUCUUGGGCCUUUUUCGGAGCUGAUCGCCUCUUUGAGCACUUGUCGGACUGGAUCGCGAGGUCAUAAAUGUCCUUUAUGGCCCCAAAACUUUUUCUCGUUGUAAAAGGCCGGGAUUCGAGAACAGAUGGGAUGCCCUGGAUGGGCUGUUUGAUUGAUUGGGACCCGGACCUUUCGACUUUUAGGGCCUCAUUCCGCCGUUAUGGCCAGGAAUGUGGCCAUAAGCGAGACAAACAGUUGUCCGCCGUCGAUCCCGACUCACCUUAAAAGCUGUCGGACUCUGAGAAGACAGGGGCCCGACUUUAGGGGGAGUUUAAAAUCUCCGAAACCCCUCCUUUUGUACUCACUGGCUCUGGUUGCGCGACUAUUGUUUGUCUCGGCUAAGAGCGCGACUUCAAAAUUUGGGUCCUUAUUUGACUACUUAAAUGGAAUUAAAUCAAACAAAAAGAAGAGUAAAGCAAUUGGCACUCAAAGAAAUCCAAUUUCAGCUAACAGCCUCAAUACCCACAAUGGUGUCAUCGGCCUCUUCUAUUGAGCCUUAUGCCGAUAGUGAUAAUGAUUCGAAUGGAGAUGGACAAGAAGAAGACGAAGAAAUCGACAAGAACCAGAUUUUAAAAGAAGUAAUCAGAGCUGCUUCGGAGAACCGCCAAAGGCAGCGGAAGAAUAAUAAGAAACCCGCUGACAAUCCACUGGCAAAUCUCCUGUCCAACUGUGAUUCGAGUAGUCUCAACUCAUUUCUGCCUUUGUUAUUACAAGGUGAGUAUAAUAUACUACAUGCUGGCUCCAGUUAUUGCACGCACUUGAUUUGAAUGCCUGACUUUUGAAUUGCAGGCCUCUCUUCUUCUCCCUCCUCUUCCUCUCCAGCUAAUCCUUCCACUUCUUCCACUGAUAAUAACAAUCAAGACAAACCGGCACUAGAAGCACUCAACACAACCACCCGCACCGAAUCCAAUGGCCAGAUCGUGUUCCAGAUGCCCCAGGGCGUCGUUUACACUAAUCCAGAUGGUCUUUUUUUGAGUAUUUUAUAGGCUAAUGACUACUCUUUCUAAUUUUAUAAUUUGAAAAAUUAAUUUUUAAUUAAUAUUUGAAUCAAUUUCAGCGAGCAUAGACUCCCAUUCCGCUGCUCCCAGUCCCGGUUCCUCUAGCACAGACAACGAUGCCCUCCAGCAAUUUCUCCUCAGCUCGAAUAUGCUUCAGAAUCUGUUCAGCAACUCUUUCGAAUCGAAUGGAAAGACCUAG